CAACUAUUCAAAGCAAAAUAUAUAAUAAAAAUUAUUCAUUAUAUAUGAUUUGCUAGAGAUGAAGAUAUCUUAUGGAAGUCUUCAUUUUUUACGUGUUGAUUUCUUUACUUUUUGUUGGGAGUUGUGAUAAUGUACAUUUACUUAAAUCACCAAGAAGAGACUGCCCCAGAGUUCAGCAUUUAGUAUCUACUGUUUGUUCUGAAGCCAUUUGCUUAGAUACCAUUCAAGUAAAGCCUAAAGAAAGGCCUUUAAGCAUGAGAUAUCCAGUUUUAAAUGAAAGUCAAAUUAAACAACUAAGAGAAAUACCAGGAUUUAUCGAUGAUAACUGUAUGUGGUUGAUAUCUAGAUUAUCUGAUAUGCAAUGGAUUAACGGAGUAUAUGGUUGCAUUGGUCAAAUUGGAGAUGCUCAUUUAAAAAUUAUUGGUUUACUCUCAUUAAAUUUAAAUUUCACUUUAGGUGAGAAAAUGUUAGUUAGUGAAGAAAAAAAUGUUAUUUUAGAAAAAUCUGAUGAAAUAGAGACAAUUUUAAAAAAUAUGGGACCACUCAAUUAUAAACUGCAUAAAGGUUAUAUUGUCAAUAUGACGUCUGUAAGUGAUUUCGAAAGGUUUCGAUUUGUUAACAUAAAUGGUUGGAAUGAUCUAAAUUUAUUAAUUCGCUCUAUGGACUAUUCUACUUGUCUUUUAAGAGAUGGUGGUAUAAUUAGUAUUGACGAGAUAGAUGCUCCAGAUUCAUCAGCUUUACAAGCUGUCGAAUUAUUUUUGUCCAAGCAUGGUACUUCUGUUUUCACUCCUUUCAUUCAUGCAAAAAACAGACUUUUCCUUACAACAACAAACUAUUUCAAUAGCUAUUAUCGCUUUUUCGUAGAGAAUCGACAUCUAUUACUCGCCUACGGAUUAAGGGAAGUAAGCUCAAAAAGAUUUGGUGCCAGAUAUUCAUACUUUAUUUCUGAAGAAUAAAAACAUUUUUUACAUUUUAAAUAUAAAUAUAUUUUCUACAUGUGUUAUUUGUCGAAUCUACUUUUCGUAUAUAGAAUGUAAGUCUCUCUUCUGGGAAAAUGUCACAUUUCACGUUUUCAGAUGAUUAACUGUCAUCAUCCUCUUUGAUGCAAUUCUAAUCCCUGCUUGCAUCUCUUCACUUAACCAGCUGAAAUAUUUACUUUACUGUCAUCAUAAAAAUACUGGAUUUUUUUUUAUUCACAAUAUUCCAACAAAAUUGUUAUUGCAUUAUUGUAUCUUUUGUUUUUAAUACUUUUGUAUUGUUCGAAUUACUUUUCAAGUGUUUAAAAUAGAUAAGUUAAUUAGUCAAA